ACACACACACACACAUGCACAAGCACAGAAGAGGUUCUUUGGCGUCGCACAUGCACAGUGUCACGGAAGGCACGCGCUUGGGGAGAGCGGCUCACGCGCAGGCUCGUCACCGGUACCGGGCAUGGCACGCGGCUGGGGUCAACUUGUCUCUUUUUUCGACUACAAGACGCAGAAGUUCUUCGUCGCGAGAAACAAGAAAAUCGGAGUUUUAUUCAGACUCUUUCAGCUCGCAGUGAUCGGAUACCUAAUCGGGUGGGUCUUCGUAUGGAAGAAAGGCUACCAAGAGAGAGAAGAGUCAAUCCAGAGCUCGGUGUUCACAAAGCUUAAAGGCGUUGCUGUCAUUAACACCACAGGGCAUGGGCUCAAUGUAUGGAGCACCGAAGAUUAUGUCGUACCUUCUCAGGGGGAUAAUGUCUUCUUUAUUGUAACAAAUUACCUUGAGACUCCAAACCAAAAGCUGGGCUUGUGUGCUGAGAGUCCAAAGGUCCCUGAUGGUGUCUGCUCGCACGAUGAUGAUUGCAUAGAGGGAAAUUCUGUUAUAGCAGGUCAUGCCCUGUGUCUUGGCUUAGGGUUGAAGACGGGACGCUGUAUCAGUGAGACUCGCACAUGUGAAAUUUAUGGCUGGUGUCCGGUUGAGCAGAGACAAACACCAAAGGUGCCGUUGCUGGGAGAAGCAGAAAACUUCAGCGUCUACAUCAGAAACUUCAUUAGGUUUCCGAAGUUUGACUUCUCCAAAUCCAAUGUUCUCCCCUCCACCAACCACACAUAUCUGAAGUCAUGCUACUAUGACAAAAUCCACCAUCCAUAUUGCCCCAUCUUCCGAGUGGGAGAUCUGGUCAACUGGACUGGUCACAGCUUCCAAGAAAUGGCUGUCAAGGGUGGAUCUGUUGGAGUGGGGAUUGAGUGGAAUUGUGAUUUAGAUAAAGAUGCCUCUAAAUGCACCCCUGAGUACAGCUUCACUCGUCUGGACAGCUCAAAAGGCUCAAACAUCACUGGAUACAACUUCAGAUUUGCUCGCUAUUAUAGAGAUGAAAAUGGAGAGAAUUAUCGCUCGCUGUUUAAAGUGUUUGGCAUUCGAUUCGAUAUCAUAGUUAAUGGGGAGGCAGGUAAAUUCAGUAUUGUCCCCACGGUGGUAAACAUUGGGUCCGGAGUUGCUUUAAUAGGUGUUGGAGUGUUCUGCUGUGACAUGCUCCUCAUCUAUUUGAUGAGGGGGAGAUCGUUCUAUAGAGAGAGGAAGUUUGAAACUGUAGUAAGAAAGUCUGACAGACAGUCCAGAGAGGCGAAGCAUGCAAAACACCAUCGGCACGGCCACGACAGACACAAGAAAGAAGACAAACUGGACGUGGAGAACCAGCUGCUGUCAUCUUCCCCGACUCGCAGUCCGAGAAGACACAAACAUCGCAGUCAUGAACAGAAGCACGUUAAAGAGGCAACAUCCAGAUCCCACCGCAGUCCUGAAAGAAAGGCCAUGACUAAGGCUUCCUCAUCCCGGACGCCAUCCAGUCCAAAUAAAUAAAGUGUUGGAUGUCCAGUAAAAAUGGAAAUUGUUUUGGGAGUGAACUACUGAAUACUGUGAAGGAAAGAUGAAGGAGAGGACAGACAAUAUUUAUUUUAGCAGGCAAAUGAGGUACUAUUCCUAUACUAUGGUGUGCCAGAGUUGAACAAUUCUGUGAAUGUUAACUGUAGCUGAAGAGUCAAACUUAAACCUGUUAAUUGCUUUAUACAUGACUUACUUAUUUGUAAGGAAUAAAUACUCAAAUAUAAAGGUGCUUGAAAUGUUCUAGAUGAAGGAGUGAUGCAAGAUCCUCUGCAAGUCUCUCCAGCCUUGUUAGACAUUACAAGAAGAGGACUCUACAGGGGAAAGUGACAUUUUCACAUUUGAAAAAAUAGUGUUAAAAUAAAAUUAUACAGCAUUUAAGGUCAAAAUAUUAAGUAAAUGAACGAGAUUUGUUUUGGCAUGUUUUCAUGAAGGGUGCCAAAAAUUCUAGAGUCGGCUGAUGUACAGUAUGAACAGUAUUUUAAAAAUGCUAGAAAUGUGCAAAUUAUGUGUGAAUUAAUUCCGUUUGUAAAAUGGAGGUCACUUGAGUUGCUACAUUGCUAGAUAUGUUUUUUUACACACAUUGCCGUUUAUUAUAAAUGUAAAAGUACUACAUGGAUGGUUAUUAAUGCAGAGGGGGUUAAAAAGAUUAAAAAAAAAAAAAACAGU